GAUACGUAUUUGUUUGUGAUCGACUCCACAAACUCGUGAGAUUUCAAACGAAAUAUUUGUUAGUUAUUACGCGCAACAAUUCAAAGCACAAUAAGGAUACCAUUUUCCACUAUAUAUUUAUCGACCCAAACCAAAGCCGUUGGCGGCAUCGCGGUGGGCGAUCGAAUUAGAAGCCUUUCAUCGCCGGGACGGCGACGAUGAAGAAGAGGGCGCCCUCGUCGUCGUCGUCGCUGGCGUUGGCCGCGUUGCCCGUCGCCCGAAGCAGGCUCCGGUUGGGCCUGCAGCUGAUCCUGUGCGUGUCGGUGCUCGCGUGCACGCUCACGCUGAUCCGCAUCUGCUCGAGAUCGCCCUCCCCGGUCGACCUCGUGGAGGUGCCCUUGCUCGCCCCUCCCAAGAUCGCCUUCCUGUUCCUCGCCCGCUCCAAUCUCCCGCUGGAUUUCGUCUGGCACACCUUCUUCCAGAAAGCCGAAGAGGAGAAAUACUCGAUAUAUAUCCACUCGGAGCCGGGCUUUGUGUUCGAUAGGACGACGACAAGAUCGCCGUUCUUCUUUGGCCGUCAGCUUCAGAAUGGCAUAAGGGUGGUGUGGGGUGAGGCCACUAUGAUCGAAGCAGAGCGGUUGCUGCUCGCUGUGGCCCUCAAGGAUCCGGCUAACCAACGGUUUGCCUUGAUCUCCGAUAGCUGUGUUCCUCUUUACAACUUCAGCUAUAUAUAUAGCUACAUGAUGUCUUCUUCAAAAAGUUUUGUGGAUAGGAAGGAUGUACGUUAUAAUGCCAAGAUGUUUCCUACAAUACCCAAGGACAGAUGGAGAAAAGGAUCCCAGUGGAUAACCUUGGUUAGAAAGCAUGCUGAGACUCUUGUGGCUGAUACUAUCGUUUUUCCAGUGUUCAGUAAAUUCUGCAAGCGGCAAACAGGACUAGCACUUGGUGCAAAACAGAAUAAUAAAGAAGCUGCCCAGAAGGAACAUGAUUGUAUACCAGAUGAACACUACGUGCAAACAUUACUCUCUAUGAGUCAUCUUGAAGAUGAACUAGAGAGAAGAACUUUAACAUAUACAUCAUGGAACCAAUCUAUAGAUACGAAGGACAAAAGAAGUUGGCAUCCUAAGACGUUCGAGUUUCCUGAUGCGAGCCUGGAGCACAUUAUGGAAAUAAGGAACAUUAAUCAUGUCUACUAUGAGACAGAAUAUCGAACAGAGUGGUGUCAGUGCAAUGGCACUUUCGUACCGUGCUUCUUAUUUGCAAGAAAGUUUUCCAGGAGUGCUGCCAUGCGCAUUCUGAAUGAGGGUUUGCUUGGACCAUUCGAUGCGGGUGCUUUUUUGUUCACUAACUCCUAAUUUCGUGCUAACUCUUGGAACGGGUAGCUUAAUACUACAGCCAUUCUGCAAGUUCAAUGAUGCAAUCAGAUCAUUUCUUCACACUCGGAAAACCGAUCAUGAUGACCUGUGGAAGUUACAAAUGAAUGAAGAACCUGUCACCACCCUCAUAUAUUAGCAGGAAGGCGACCGUUGUCUUGAGACUGAUGCCAUACGAAAUCUGAAAGAGAAAUCAUUGGACUGAUAUGAAAGAAGAUGCAGGUCUGCGUAGAACCUACAAAAUGGCAUCGUGGGUAAACCCUUCCCUCAAAAUGUAAAGGUAUCUCAUAGUGAAAAUUUGUGUGACUGAUGUUUAGCUUACAAAGAGCGAAUUUUCUUGUGGCUUAUACAAAGUGUUUAUUACUAACUAGUUUUAAUUUAAACCAA